UUUAUUAAAUUGCAUUUUACGUUGUUUAUAUCAACUGCAGAAAAAAGAAAAGAAAAUUAGAUUUUCCAGAAAUUUUAUAAAUUCAAAAUUUAUUUAAAGUGUUCUUUUUUAAUAAUUUAUAAAACAACAAAAAGCACAACAACGAAAUUCCACAUAAAAUCUAAGCAGACAAUAUGGAUAUAAGCGAUAAUGCAUUUGAUCCCCAACAGACUGGCCAGCCACAACAACAACAGCAGCAGCAACAAACCGCAACACCAGUUAUACAAGGUCAACAAAUGCAAUGUGAUUCCUCCUCAAUUGCCUACGGUCCCCAACAACAAUUCGACGGCACAACAACACAUCAUGGUCCAUUAGGUGGACCGAUACCACUACCAGCACCACCACAGAACUACGACAAGGCCCGUUCAAAUGCAGCUGACAUCGAUUUCGAUUCACUGUUACUGCAACAGUUCAGCUGUUUGGGUACACGAGACCAUGAGGAUUUAAUUGAACAAUUUCAUAGCCUAAUGAAUAAUCAAAUGAACAAGGAUGCGGCUAGAUUCUUUUUAGAAAUGAGCAAUUGGAACCUUCAAACGGCUGUUGGUUGUUAUUUAGACUUUUGUAAUGGACAAACAUUGCCAUCAAUGAAAAUUGUCCAACAAACACAACCGAAUAAUCAACAAAUGGCAUGGAGUCUGCAAAAUAUUGGCUCAGAAUCAUGGCCAAAUGGUUGUUACUUAAUGUCCAACAGUCAAACACGCCGCAUCGAGGUGCCUACUGUACGACCCGGUGAUACCUGCGAAGUUGUCGCUGAUUUAUGCACCAACGAACCAGUCGUUUGGCGUUUAUGUACACCGUAUGGCGAAUAUUUUGGCGAUAGUUUAUGUCUCGUAACGCCUGGGACGUUUAGCUCCCACGAGGAACUAAAUCAUCGUUUAGCUCAAUUAGCCGUAACCGAACAAAAUCCCGCCCAAUUUCCUCAAGUUAAUAUUGUGAUAUCGGAGCGAAUGGAAUAAGAACAUUGUCGUUGACUAUAUUGGUUUUAUUGGACGAAAAACGUGAUUAAUUUAGAAAUUGUGUGAUUUGGUAUGAUGGUGUUUUAGAGUGCGAGAAUGUGUUAUUCGAUCAAUGUCGCUUUUUAUACAUAAAAUUUAUUUUAUUUUCUUAUUUUUACAGCUUACACUUAGAGCAUAAACAACAUAAACAACAAUAUGUGUUUGUUGUGUAUUUUGAAUAUGUAGUUUUUUUCCUGCAUUAUCUUUUAAAGAACAAUAUGUAAAACAAACAUUUUUUAUUUACGUUUUUCCUACAAAAUUUCUCAAAAACUUGUAACUGGGUUAUAGUACAUAUUAUUUUCAUCAAUAGACACCUAUUUAUUUUGAAUUAUUUUGUCUAUUUUUUUACACAAAAAAUGCAUGUAGCAGUAGUUUGAUUUUUUUAUUUGCCCUUAAUUGGUCUGUUCCAGUACUAUUGUCAGAUUUAGAGGUUUUAACAAAAUAUAUUGACAUUUUCAGUACAGAAACAACAAUUAAAGGUAAAACCUGCAAAUCUGACAAUUUCUACUGCUUCAAAGCUAAUAAUUUACGCUACUAAAUAAAUUUCGAAAAUUUUAUGAUUUCAAAAUUCUAUUAACAUUUUUUUUUUGUUUUUAAAUAAGUAAUCCAUUAAUUUGAAUAUCUAUUAAAAAUAUAUUAAUUUUAUAUAUAUUUAGAUAUAUAAAUGUAACUUUUAAUUAAUAUUACAAUAUAAUAAAAAUAACAAUUGUUAAAAAAGAAUAAA